GUUGUGGAUGCAUUCCAGAUCUUGGUGGCAGCAAAUAAAGCAGUUCACCUACAUAAAAAUGGGAAAAUGAAAACCCGGAGCCUUUACUCGGAAAUCAUUUUUAAUCUUUCACCCACAAACAAUAUAUCUGAAGCAUUCAAAAGGUUUGGGAUCUCAGACAGUGACAGUGCGGUUCACAUUGUGUUAGUACACAACAAAGACGAGACCCUCAGCAUCGAUAACAUCAUCUCAAAGGUGGACGGACAACAGGUUGGCGUUGAUCGAGUGUCUGAUUUGACUGAUGUUUCCAAGAUUAAAAAGCUCUACAAAGUCGCACCACAGGAGGAAAAGUGUGGCAGUCUUUUGGACGCUGUUGUUUGCAGGAUGGCCACUAAAGAUGUCACAUAGCUAAUCGAUACGUUGAUAUGUUUCUAUUUUAAA